UUUCUGCUUUUAGAAGCACUAAGAGUUUGAGUUUGUUGAGUAUUUGUUGGUAAGCAGCUUCACAAUGGGUUAUCAUCAUUCUCUCUAAUGGCUCCGGCACAUCUGUCUAAUCUGAGAUGAACAUCAGGAGGGAAUACUGUUGGAUCAGAUUAGUGUGUCUAUAUAAGAGCAGCACAGAAACAGACGCACACAAACACACACACACACACAUCUGACCACCGUUCUGUGCUCCAGCGUGCUGUUUCUCAGUGAUGUGUAAAGGGCUGUCCGCCAUCCCCUCCUCAUGCCUGGAGAAGGCGAAGGGCAUGAGGGUCAAACUCUCCCACCUAGCCGAGAAACAGGACAAGCACAGGGUGAAUGAGGAGAAGCCGCCGCAGGAUCUGGAGUCUCUGCUCAGCAGUAAACUGGGCAUUCAGGCUUUCCGCUGGUUCCUGCGCUCAGAGUUCAGUGAGGAGAAUCUGCAGUUCUGGCUGGCCUGUAAAGAGUACAAGAGCUCAUCGGGAGCCAAGCGCAUCUCCAAAGCCCAGCUGAUCUACAAGGAGUUCAUCAACCCUGACGCUCCGCAUGAGGUGAAUCUGGACAGUGAGACGCGUGAGGCUGUGAUGCAGCUGAUGGAGGAGCCGUCUGUGGACACGUUUGAUGAGGCUCAGCUCCGCAUCUUCACCCUGAUGGCCAAAGACUCGUUCCCUCGAUUCCUGCGCUCGGCGUACUGCCACUAAAACACUCUCUAAUCCUGUAGUCAGGCUGUGUUCAUAGUCAUGUAGAAACAGAUGCCAUGUAGACUCUGUCCAUUUAAUAAACAUACU